AUGUCUGCAACCGUUGAAAGUAGAGGGGCUACUGCUCCUCCUGUCCCGACAGUGUGCUCCUUCCGCAAGAUUCUUUCCCUUCUCGUAUUUGGGGGCAUUUGCACUGCCGUGGGCAUUGUCGCUGGUACUUCUGCCGGAAAGGAUGAGGAUACUCUCAAAGUUGCUGCGGCUUCUGUUCCUGCUGGCACCUCCGCGCCAUCGGACAGCAUUCCAACUGCUACUGUGUCAGCUGCCGGUCGCCCCUUUCAGACUAUGUCUAAUCCGGACGAGGGCCCUCCUGAGGACGAGAGCAAUCGCCCUUUUGCCUUUCCUGGAAAGAAGAAUGGUUACCGUGUCGUGCUUGACGACUUUGACAAGGGAAAGGACCGUCUCACUUUUCCCAUGUCCAACGGCAAGAAAGUUGGCUUCAACAAGAUUCGAACCGACAAGGGAAAUCUUUGGAAGGGAGUCGCGCCAAAUGGCAAGAGUACCGCGACAUUCAUUGAAAAGGCUGUUGGAGAUGAGACUUUCCAAGUCGGAUCUCUUGUUAUCCUCGACAAUAAAGAAUGGACAAUUUGUCAAUUGCGCCCAGGUGAUGAAACUGGGAAAACUGAGAUGGAUUGCAUUCCGGGUGCAGACUUUCCAGAAGAGCAAGAGUCAGUCGAGAUUGACCUGGCCGAGAGCGAAGCAUUCAGCUUAUCUUUCACCGACGACGACGAUGAUGACCGUCGCUCUCUUCAAUCUCUGGCUACUAUCGACAUGAUGGUCCCUUGGACUCUGGAGGCCGAGUGUGCGGCUUCUGGUUUGGCUUACCCAUGUACUUUUUCCGCCAGAACCGAAGCGACCAUUCGUGGAAUCAUCGAACUUGCCAUCGAGGAGACAAACACCAUGUACCAAAACUCUGGUGUCAACGCUCAGCUGCGACUGGUAUAUACAUAUCGUGUCAGUAGUUACAUCGAAGAAACUACUGACCCCUUUCGUGCAGCUUUGUAUCAAUUGAGGACUAUGGACGACGGCAUUAUGGAUGAAGUCCAUUAUUUGCGAGCACAGUAUGGCGCUGAUAUGGUUGCACUGAUUGUUGGAAGCUCUGACUAUUGUGGCAUGGCGUUUGUUGGUCCAAGUCCUUCGUGGAUGUUCUCGGUGACAUCAUAUCGCUGUGCAACUGGCUACUAUACGUUUGCGCAUGAAGUCAAUCACAAUAUGGGUUGCUACCACGACCGUGGAACCCAAAAUGAAUGUGAUUCAUCUGGAAAAAUUCAGUAUGGAUGGCGAGACCCUGGAGGCAACUUUCGGGAUGUCAUGGGCUACCGAUGCAAAACCGGUCAGUGUGAUAACAACCGCGGCGGUACAUGCCCAAGAGUCCAAAUGAUUUCCAAUGACUAUGGAUUCCUGUAUGACGGAGAACCAAUUGGGGACGCCCGAAACACCUGUGCGAGACAUCUCAACGGCGUUGUAGGUGGUGUGUCACAAUACUUUCCCACUGGUGGAAGUCCGGUGCCGAGCCCAACCAAUCCUCCAAAACCAAAGCUGACUUCUGCUCCGACCAAGAAUCCUACUCCCAGACCGACAUCAAGUCCCAGUUCUCGUCCAACAGAAGCCCCGACUCCACGACCCACACCAGGUCAAACCUCAACCAAUCCUCCAAAACCAAUGCCACCUACAGCUCGGCCUACACUUCCACCCACUUCACGUCCGACGCCUGGGCCUACUUUGCCGCCUACGGCUCAACCUACACCUCGACCCACUGCAAAUCCCACGCCUCGCCCAACACCAGCGCCAACUCGACCACCCACUCCUGGACCGACUCGUUGGCCCACUCGACCACCCACUCCUGGACCGACUCGUUGGCCCACUCAACCACCAACACCUGCACCUACUCCCUUACCGACGGCCCAACCUACUCCAGCGCCAACCCCCGGGCCUACUUUGCAACCCACACCUGGGCCUACACCUCGACCAACUGCCAAUCCCACGCCUCUACCAACACCAGUGCCAACUCGAACUCCUACUCCUGGACCGACUCGUUGGCCCACUCCUGCACCUACUCCCUUACCGACGGCCCAACCUACUCCUGCGCCAACCCCCGGGCCUACUUUGCAACCCACACCUGGGCCUACACCUCAACCCACACCGCCAUCAACAAAGCCAUGUUUUCAAAGCAACUUUGAGCUUAAGAAUACAGUUGAUGAUUGGUUUCAGUCUUCUGAAUUGAAGGCAUUAGUCGAGGCCCAGUAUGGGCAAAUCGGAGAUUGGUGUUUCAGUUCAGGUGUCACUAGUAUGAGAGAACUUUUCCGUGCUCGUACUACUUUCAAUGAGGAUAUUGGAAACUGGGAUGUAUCUUUUGUCAAAGAUAUGCAGUGGAUGUUUUUCGCUGCAUCGUCCUUCAAUCAGGACUUGUCGUUGUGGGACGUCUCCUCUGUCACAACGAUGCAUCGGAUGUUUACCAACGCAGGUUCCUUGGACCAAGAUUUGUCCUCUUGGGAUGUUUCUUCCGUCACCGACAUGAGCAUGAUGUUCUGCAACGCAAUUUCCUUCAAUCAUUCUUUGUCGUCAUGGGACUUUUCUUCUGUGACCAAAAUGUGGGAAAUGUUCUAUGGUGCAACAUCAUUCAACCAAGACUUGUCCUCUUGGGAUGUCUCUUCUGUGACCAAUAUGGGGGGAAUGUUCCGCCGUGCGUCAUCGUUCAACCAAGACCUUUCAUCAUGGAACGUGUCCUCCGUCAUUAAUAUGGGAUGGAUGUUUGGCGAGGCAUCACUGUUCAAUGGAGACAUAUCAUCAUGGAAGGUUUCUUCCGUUAUUUCCACGGCAAACAUGUUCUACAAGGCGGUAUCCUUCAACGGAGACUUGUCGUUGUGGGACGUUUCCUCAGUCCAGAACAUGGCAGUAAUGUUUGAUGGCGCAUCAGCGUUCAAUGGAGACAUAUCACUAUGGAAUGUUUCUUCUGUGACCGGUAUGGGGGGAAUGUUCAGCGAAGCAACAUCAUUCAACGGAGACUUGUCAUUGUGGAACGUCUCGUCUCUCUCCAACAUGAAUUCAAUGUUCAGGAGGGCAAUUUCUUUUAAUGGAGACAUAUCAACAUGGGAUGUGUCUUCCGCCACAAGAAUGUCGGGUGUGUUCUAUGGAGCUUCAGCCUUUAAUCAAGAUUUGUCGUCAUGGGAUGUUUCCUCUGCUACAAGGAUUGAUUUAAUAUUCUACGGGGCUUCUUCCUUCAAUC